UUUGGGCCCGUGCGCAUCUCUUCCGCUUCUCGUUUUUGGCCUUCAACAACGGCUACUGCUCUUUCUGUGUGCUCCAUUUAUUUGAGCAGCCACACUUCUGCUCCCUCAUAUUUUGUCUUUUUCUUAGUUCGUCGUCAGUUUCGAAACGAAACUCUGUCUUGACCCCCCCCCUGAAAACAUUCUGAAUGUGAUGCUCUAUAAAAAACGUUUACAAAUGUUCUCAUUCAAUUGGGCACUAAUCCUAUUGGUCGCAGUCGGCGGAACUAAUGCGUUUAAGAUAAAACGGACCGCAAAGGACUUGGAGAGCCAGCUUUAUGAGGAUUUGCUCUUCGACUAUAAUAAGGUACCUCGGCCUGUUAAAAACAGCUCUGACAUUUUGACAGUUGACGUUGGUGCUUCUCUCAUUAGAAUCAUCGAUGUUGAUGAGAAAAACCAAGUGCUCACCACAAACUUGUGGCUAGAAAUGAAAUGGAACGACGCAAAGCUAACAUGGACACCUGAAAAAUACGGUGGUUUGAAGACACUUCACAUUCCAAGCGACUUUAUUUGGACUCCUGAUCUAGUGCUGUACAACAACGCAGCAGGAGACCCCGACAUCACAAUCUUGACCGAUGCGUUGGUGACAUUUGAAGGAAACGUUUACUGGCAACCGCCCGCUAUUUACAAGUCGUUUUGCCCGAUUGAUGUUACAUGGUUCCCAUAUGACUCUCAAAAGUGUGAAAUGAAAUUCGGAACAUGGACGUAUACGGGUAGAUAUGUGGAUUUGAAGCAACUUCCACAAGAGGAAGUCGUUACAAUCACAAAAGACGAUAAUGAUGUAGAGUUCAUGCAGCAAGGCAUGGAUUUGAGCUUCUUCUACCGCUCUGCUGAGUGGGAUUUACUAUCCUUGACAUCCGAACGGCAUUCUGUUCUAUAUGCGUCUUGUUGUGGUCCUGAAAAAUACGUCGAUAUUACUUAUUAUUUCGGACUACGGCGGAAAACUUUAUUUUUCACGUGCAACUUGAUUCUUCCAUGCUUUUUGAUUUCUAUCUUAACCACAUUUGUAUUCUACUUGUCUGAUCAUAAAAUCACAUUUUCCAUUUCUAUUUUGGUUACAUUGACUGUGUUUUUCUUGGUUCUCAUUGAUUUAAUGCCACCUACAAGUUUAGUGAUACCAAUGUUUGGAAGAUAUCUCAUCACUACUAUGAUUCUGGUCGCCUUGUCAACAGUGGUAUCUGUUAUCACAGUAAACUUUCGGUUUCGAUCUGGAAGUGCUCACAAAAUGUCACCGUGGAUUAGAGCAGUUUUCUUGAAGUUUCUCCCAAAAAUCUUGCUGAUGUCGCGACCCGAAAAAGGCGAAGUGACCAAACAACCACCACUAGUGAAUGCGGCAAGUUUGGUGGGCUCCAACUAUGCAACAGCGGCGAAGGCGGCUAACGAGUAUCGCAACAAGGCCAAAGGAAAGAACAAUGAUUUGAUGAGCUUAAGAGGGAAGCCAAGCUCACAAGCUGUUUUGAAUAACACAUUCGAUAUGAGGAUGAGGAAUAAUGAUAGUACGGUGGAGAAUAGACUGAAGCCGUAUUUAUGUGCUCAAAAUAAUAACGCGCCAACGGUGGCGUUUAGGAAAACCAAACGACAAAAAAGCAAAUCGGUUGAUGAUGUGGUUUUUAUGAACUUACUGAAUCAAGUGAGGUUCAUUGCAGAGCACUUCCGACAUAAUGAACUGGAAGGGGAGAUUUCGGAUGAUUGGACAUUUGUCGCAAUGGUCUUGGAUCGGCUAUUCCUUAUCAUUUUCUCAGUGCUCAAUGUAGGAACAGUCUUUAUAAUUUUGGAGUCACCGUCUCUAUACGACUAUUCUAAACCGAUGAACAUCACUGUGCCCAACAAGCCGUUAGGACAAGCUAAUUUUUACAGUUCAUGGAACUUGAAGUGAUCAAAACUUAUUGAAUAUGUUUUACCAACUGAUAAUACGGUUUUUGUUUUACAAUUAUAAAUUUAGCUUAACCUUUUUUCCAAAUAACAAUACAUAUACAUUUUAUUAAACAGAAUUAUACAGAAUGGAAGAGAAAUGAAUUAUUUU